AUGGGAAUCAUGAGAUCCUCGAUCAGGGAGCUUCAGGAACAGCUAAAAGCUAUGGAGGAGAAAGAUCCUGAAGUAGCGACCCAGGCUGCCUUGGAUAGCCGUAGAAAAGGCAUCCUGGAAGAGUGUUUUUCUGCUUUGGACUCCUCCUCGUCUAGGCGUGGAUGGAGUUCUGCCUCGAAGUCUCAUCCUUUGAAGAGAUCGUGGGUUUUGCCGAAAGGAGACGCUCUUGAUUCAAGCCCCGAGCGCUUUCCUGAGGAUUUUCCUUCUUGUAGUAAGAAGUCUAGGAGACCGUCUCCAGCCCCUCAAGAUCCUACUAAGCUCUUCCUGCUUAACCUGCAGGAACAUUUAUCCUCCCUGGUGGGCGCUCUCCAUAAGGAUUCAUCGCGAAGGAAGGACGCCUCCCUUCCAGUGAAGAGAUCGAAGUUUUCAUCUCCUAGUAAGCGCUAUUCUCCUUGUAGAGGAGACGUGUCUCAGAGUAGCAGGCGCUCAUCUCCUGAGAGACCCUCUCGAUCUCCCUUUAGGCGCUCCUCACCUCCGUACAAGAAUGCUCCGCGCAGACAGCUCGAACCCCUUAGGAGCUCUUAUCUUCGCAGUAAAGUUCCCAGCAGUAGCCGCUCUCAGAGGAGACUCUCAGCUACUUUUUUACGAAGAGGACAGGAGUCGGACUCCUCUACUGAAGAUCAUGGCAGGCGUCAAGAGCCUAUCAAGAGCCAGGAUCUUGUGAGGCGCCGGGAGUUGAGUGAGCCCCAGGAGCCUUUAGGGCGUCAAGAGCACCUCAGGCGCCAAGAGACUAGUAGGCGUCAAGAACCUAGUAGGCGUCAAGAGCCUACCAGGCGCCAGGAGUCGAGUGAGAGGCGUCAAGAGCUUUUCAGGAGCCAGGAGUCAAGUAGGCGCCAGGAGUCAAGCAAGCGCCAGGAGUCAAGCAGGCGCCAGGAGUCAAGCAGUUGUCAGGAAUCUAGCAGGCGCCAGGAACCUAGCAGGCGCUUAGGUUUUAAUAGGACCCCUUCGCACUUUUUGAGCUCUUCAGAGAGUAGGAGCCCUUCGCCUUGUGAGAAACAAGUUACUGAGAAAAAAUCGUCUACCGUUAGAAGCUCCCUCGCGCCUGGCAUGGAAGGCGAUCUCCUUCUUUUGACAGAAGUCCCGUUACUUCUAAAAGCCGCUCUCCUUCGAGGGGCUCUCCGGCAGCCGGAGGGUUCUUUGCUUUCAAGUACGAAGUCUCCGAAAGCCUCCUCAUUCGUGAAAAUGAGUCCUACCUUAAGCAUGAAGAAGGCAUUCAAAGGAUUUGGAGAGUGGCUUCGCACUAAAAGAGAAGCGGGCAAGACUGUUUUUUCAUGCCCUCCUUCCAGGUUGACGGGAAAACCUGGAAGAUGGUAUGAUACCAAGGAGCCUAUGGGCUUAAGGCUUCCUUCAUCCGCAGAUGCAGACUACGCUUCGUUGGUCGAUUUGUCAAGGAGGCGCGCUCUACUCUCAGCCAAAGCUACAUAG